AUGGUAAGACUGUGCCAAAUCUCCCUUUUAAGCCUUCCAUCGCUUACCGAUAGCCGGCUUGCGAUCCAGACUCCCGUUAGAUUCCCGACACUGCGACAUAUGAUAAUUUUGUUGGCAACCGCACUCCAGGGAGAUUUCGGUAGAGAGAGCUACCUUCGGCAUAUCCCAUACACUGAUGUCGUCUCUCUGUUUGACAGCAUCGACAGCUUCACUGAAGUUUUACUUGGCACCGUCGACCCAACAAUUAGGAACCUGGAAGGGCGAAUAAUCACAAGGAGUUUGUACGUUCAGUCGAAUGGCUUGAUACUCGACGAAGUACGACAAGCGCAGGCAAAGCAUGAGACUCAAUGGCCGCUGAACAGUGGAUACCUGGACUACGUCUCGGACGACCGCGACCCGGACUACUGGCGCCCAUAUGUAGGGCAAUCCAGUAACACCGAACAGCGCAUCGCCCAGCAUGUCAGGGCAAUCAGGACCGGCGACACGGACACCCUUCAUUAUUUCGUUAUUCGCAGGGGAGAUGGGCACCGCACAGCGAACUUUAUUAGGCUAUGGACACUUGCCCUGCCAGAAAACGUCGAUCCUGUCAUCAAUAACGCUCUCAACAACAUAUUGGAGAUGAUAAUGGCUCCGAUCAGGGCAGAAAUCAAGCCCCAUGGUCAAAAACACCCUCAACGAUGGGCUUACCAUGUGACUAGUGAUGAUCCGGCAUCGAGGCUGGCGUUCCGACUAACUGUCAUGGGUCCAGAAAACCAGGAAUUCGGCUUCUAUGCCUCUGGUCGCGGAACAAAGCUCGUUAAGAAAGCAAACGGGUUCAUAGACUGGAUGUCUGGAGUCACAGACGAGGAGAUAGCGACGAGGCCCCGCCGAUAUCUCAAUAUUCAGAUGAGCCACGAAAAAGUCCAUGAAGCCCUAAGACCAUUUGUUGGAGGUGCAUACACUGAUGACAAUGGCAACAUCAUGCGACAGGCCGAUAAAAAGUUGCUGGGCGAUGGUAAAACGGUCAAAAAGACAGCAACUAGCUGGAACGACACCUCUGGGAUUCGAACCCAGGCGGGCGAACCCACAGGCUUAGCAGGCCUGCGCCUUAACCACUCGGCCAAAGUGUCAAUGGGUAAGGAAAUGCGGGUUUCUUCAAAUCUACAACCAGAUCUAGCAACAGCUGCUCAACAGCGCAGGAAAAUAAUGUGUUGGGAAGAGUUCGAGUAG